AUGAAUUUUGAUGUGGAUGGAGAAGAGUACAGCAAGUUUGACUUGAAGUCUGCAUUUAUUGGAUGGCUGCCCAAUGACAGACCAUUGCUGGAGGAGCUUGGAAUUGACUUUGGAACAAUAAAGAAAGAGAGCAGGCUUAUUUUCAAGGUGAUGCAGAAGACUGAUGUUGAUUUUUCGUUUGUGAAGGAUGCAGAUCUUUCUGGGCCAAUUGUGUUUGUUGGGCUUUAUUGCCUUGGACUUGUAAUGAACUACAGGAUCCAUUUUGGAUAUGUUUACUUUAUUUCGCUGUUGAUGACAUUCAGCAUGUAUUUUUUGUUGAAUGUGCUGGAUACAAAGAGGGUUGGAUUUCUUGAGUGCUGCAGUGUUCUAGGAUACUCGUUUCUACCGAUAGUUUUGUUCUCGAUCACAAGUGUGUUAAUGCGGGGGAGUGGAACUGGAUUACGGAUGUGUUGUGGAUUUGCAGCAGCGUUGUGGUCGAGCUACACGGCAUCUGUUGUUUUCUGCAGGUAUCUGUCGCUCAACAAUAAGCAAGUUGUGGUUGGAUAUCCAUUGUUGAUGGGAUAUAUGGGCUUUGUAAUGGUGGUUAUUUUUUGA